AUGGCGGAGUGCCCCUCGCGCAUCCAAGAAAACACGGAGAGACACCGGCCACAGCGUGCUCAAGACAGCGGCGACCGCUAUCGAUCACAACGUGCAAACGUCGCUCAAGAAGAAGACUCGGGCGACUACCUCUUUUCGAUCGGUGAAACGACAUCUGCGAAAUCGAGCGACAUCUGGCUGGUCGACUCCGGGGCGACGCAGCACAUGACGUGCUCCAAGAAGUUCAUGCGGAACUACAAGGGGUUUGACGCUGUGGAUGUCCAUCUCGCGGAUGAUGGAAUCGUCCAAGCAAUCGGCAGUGGGGACAUUGUCAUGUCGAUGAAGACACCCCAAGGGAUGAAGAAAGGUGUGCUCACAAACGUGUGGCACAUCCCAAAGUUAUCCAGAAACCUGUUCUCGGUCGGCCGCUUCACCAAGGAUGUCGGCCCAGUGACGUUCACGAAGGAUGGGUGCUAUGGAGAAGCGAAAGGGACCAAGUGGAAAAUUGGUGCCCGUGAAGUGGCGCCGGAACAAGCAAAUGCAGCCAAGUCGUCGGGAUGUCAAGGGGGCACCAAGUCGUACCUCUGGCACCUUCGGCUUGGCCACAUAGGUCACGAUGGACUCAAUUGCAUCGUGACGAAGAACAUUGGAAUUGGCAUCGACAUAUCUUCGGUGAAGAAGUGGGACGUGUGUGAAGGUUGUGCUCUGGGAAAACAGACUCGAGUGCGCUUCCAAUCAAACACUACAGCUCGCACCUCCAAACUCCUCGAAGUGAUUCACAGCGACGUAUGCGGACCGAUGUCGAUGGCAACUUUCAGUGGAAAACGGUACUUCGUGACAUUCAUUGAUGACAAGUCAAGAUACUGUGUCGUCUAUCUGCUCAAGAGCAAAUCUGAAGUUGCGGCGAAGUUCAUGGAAUACGCUGCGAUGGCCGAAACGCAAACCGGAAAGCGCGUGAAGUACCUUCAAAGCGACAAUGGGGGUGAAUACAAGUCCGACAAGCUGGCACGAUUCUGCGCGGAACGGGGAAUACAACAAAGGUUCACCCCCCCCAUAUACUCCUCAGCUAAACGGAGUAGCUGA